AUGGUAAGUACGGAUGUGAAAACGGAAAGAGCCAAAGAUUCAGGUGAUGUCACCAAAAGAUUCAAAUAUUUGUUAGGACUGACCGAUUUGUUUCGUCAGUUUAUUGAUAUCAGUGCUGUCAAGGAUAAAAGUGUCAUCAAGAUGAUUCGAAAGAUUGAUAGAAACAUCCGAGAGGAAAAAACCGCAGGUCGUAAUUCUAGAAAUAGAAAGAGUGAAAAGGAGGAAGAUGAGGAGUUGAUGGAAGACGAGAUCGUCGAUGAAUCCGUUACCGUUCUUACCGAUUCUCCCAGUUAUGUUCACGGAAUACUUCGUGAUUAUCAGGUUCAGGGUCUAAACUGGUUGAUUUCUUUGUAUGAAAAUCGCCUCUCUGGAAUUUUGGCAGAUGAAAUGGGUCUAGGAAAGACUCUUCAGACCAUUUCGUUUCUUGGAUGGCUCAGAUAUUACAAGGCUAUCGAUGGACCGUUUCUCAUUGUCGUUCCAAAAUCUACAUUGGAUAACUGGCGAAGAGAGUUUGUCAAGUGGACUCCCGAAGUGAAUACGUUAGUUCUACAGGGAAAUAAGGAGGAAAGAGAACAGUUAAUCAAGAAGAGGCUUCUUACCGCAGAUUUCAACGUUUGUAUCACAUCUUACGAGAUGAUCAUCCGUGAGAAAUCCAAACUCGGUAAGUUGCGCUGGGAAUAUAUUGCCAUCGAUGAGGCACAUCGUAUCAAAAACGAGCAGAGUUCGCUUUCACAGAUCAUUCGUCUUUUCUACUCUCGAAACAGAUUGCUUAUCACCGGUACUCCAUUGCAGAAUAACUUGCACGAGUUAUGGGCUUUGCUCAAUUUUCUUCUUCCGGAUGUCUUUGGUGACGAUCAGGUGUUUGACGAGUGGUUUGAAACCCAGGGAGGAGGAGAAGACCAGAAUGAGCUGGUCAAAAAGCUUCAUAAGGUGUUGUCACCAUUCCUUUUACGUCGUGUUAAAUCCGAUGUCGAGACAUCUCUUCUUCCCAAAAAAGAGAUUAACGUGUACGUGGGAAUGUCAGCCAUGCAGAUCAGGUGGUACAGAAAGCUAUUGGAGAAAGAUAUAGAUGCCGUCAAUGGAGUGGUAGGCAAAAGAGAGGGUAAAACACGUUUACUCAACAUUGUGAUGCAAUUAAGAAAAUGUUGUAAUCAUCCAUACCUUUUUGAAGGUGCUGAACCGGGUCCACCAUACACCACAGAUGAGCAUCUAAUUUUCAAUUCAGGUAAAAUGGUUGUUCUAGAUAAAUUGUUGAGGAAGCUGAAGAAAGAAGGUUCCAGAGUACUUAUAUUUUCGCAGAUGAGUCGUCUUUUAGACAUACUGGAGGAUUAUUGUUUCCUCCGAGAGUUUGAGUACUGCCGAAUCGAUGGAUCUACCCCUCAUGAAGAAAGAAUUCUGGCUAUUGAUGAUUUCAAUAAGCCCGAUUCUGACAAAUUUAUCUUUCUUUUAACUACGCGUGCCGGUGGUUUGGGUAUUAAUUUGACCAGUGCUGAUAUUGUGGUAUUGUACGAUUCUGAUUGGAAUCCACAGGCUGAUUUACAAGCCAUGGAUAGGGCGCAUCGUAUUGGACAGAAAAAGCAGGUGAAAGUGUUUAGAUUUGUCACGGAGAAUGCCAUCGAAGAGAAAGUGUUAGAGCGCGCAGCCCAAAAGUUACGUUUGGAUCAGUUGGUGAUUCAACAGGGGCGUAAUGGAUUGAAACAGAAUGGCAGCAAGAUAGCGAAUUCCAAAGAUCAAUUGCUUGAGAUGAUUCAGCAUGGUGCACAGAAAGUCUUUGACGAAAAUGGAGCCGACUCACCAGAUUUGAACGACGACAUUGAUCGGAUCUUGAACCGUGGUGAAGAAAGAACUAAGAAGAUGAAAGCUCGGUACGCCAAUUUGGGUAUGGACGACUUACAGAAUUUCACGUCGGAUAAGUCUGCAUACGAGUGGAACGGAGAGAACUUUGCCAAGAAAGAACCCGAAAAGUUGAACAUUUGGAUUCAUCCUACGAAGAGGGUUCGAAAGGAGCAUCAAUACUCUGUGGACGGAUAUUAUAGAGACGUUCUGCAUCAAAUCCGAGGAUCGCCAUCACCGAGAGGAUCAACCCCGCGACCACCUAAGCAAUACAACUUACACGACUUCCAAUUCUAUCCGCAGGAAUUGCAUCAGUUGUUAGAAAGAGAGCAACUUGCAUACAAGAAAAAGGUGGGUUAUAAAGUAACUCUUUCUGAUGUUAGAUCUAAUAAUUAUGAUGAUGGUGAUGGCGAGUCUAGUGAUGUGGAUGACGAAGAAGACGAAGACGAUGAUGAUGAUGGUGGUGAUGAGGAUGAGAAUGCGAGUGAGAAUGCGAAUGCGAACGAGAAUGACGAAGAGAAGAAGAAGGAAUUGAAGGCUAAACAGAAGGAGGAACAAGAGAAGAUCAACAAUUCUGUAGUGUUGAGUGAGGAGGACCAAAAGCAGAAGCAAGAGCUUAUGGAACACGGGUUUGGAAACUGGAAUAAGCGAGAAUUCAUGAGCUUCGUUCAUGGCUGUGCACGGUACGGUUCAAAGGACCUAUCUCAAAUCUCUGCAGAUUUCAAGUACAAGACGUUGGAAGAAGUGACGAAGUAUUCGGAAGUCUUCUGGAGAAGAUACAAGGAGAUUGAAGGAUAUGAAAAGUAUUUGAAUCAGAUUGAACAAGGGGAAAAGAAGCUUCGGAAGACUCUAUUGCAGCAGGAGAUUCUCAAGGAGAAGAUGGAGGCACUGAAUAAUCCUUUGGAAGAGCUCACUAUUCAGUAUCCUCCUAACAACUCGAAAAGGAUGUACACGUUGACCGAGGACCGGUUCUUACUCAUCCAAGUGUACAAACACGGAUUGACGAGUAAGAAUUUGUACUCGUUAAUCAAAGCAGAUGUAGCAAGAGAGAAGACAAUGCGAUUUUCGUUCUACUUCAGAUCACGAACUACAGGAGAACUCAGCAGACGUGUGAGCACGUUAUUAUUGGCCAUUACCAGAGAAGUCGAAGGACCGGAAGCAUUCAAGAGGAAGCUUAGUAGAAGAGAACAUAGCAGCAUUCCUAGCAGCAGACAGAGCUCAGAGGAAUCCAGACAAGAUGGUAAGCAUAAGAUAUCAGCGGAUUUGGAGAUUGUUAGCGUUAAGAAGGUGAAGGUAGAGGUUUAA